AUGUCUAAGGUAGAUUCCAAUUUUACACUAAAAGUCCAGGACAUGUUUUCAACCAAAUCCUUGUUCAAACAGUGCGUACAAGCCACUGCUCUUAGAGAUAAUUUCCAAUACGUUACUGUGAAAUCGAACAAGGAAGUUAUAAUUUUGCAAUGCGCCAUUGAAAAUUGCAAAUGGUCCAUGCAUGCUUCUUGUUGUAUUCGUGGGGAUAGGUCAUUAUGGGUUCUUACUAAGUUUGGUUCUAAACAUACAUGUUCAGUAGAUGUUCCAUUAACCGAUCGUAGACAUGCUACCUUUACUGUUAUCAAGGACCUAAUUAAGAAUAAAAUUUAUUUAGCUGCAUGGCAUGCUCGUGAGGCUGCGUUGGAUGGUAUUUGUGGAUCUUCAGAGGACUCCUACAAGAUGUUACCCAGAUUUGCAUACAUAUUGGAACUCAACAACCCAGGUUCUGUUGUUGAAUACAAAGUUGAUUCCAAUGUCAUUUCUAUUGAUGAAACAAGUCUGAAAAAUAAGUACAGUGGUACUUUGUUAUCUGCUUCAACAUUUAAUGCCAAUGAUCACAUUUUUCCACUAGCCUUUUGUGUUGUUGAUUCUGAGAAUAAUUCCUUCUCGACCUGGUUUUGCAACCAAUUAAAGAGAAUUAUAGGUGGUCGAAAUGAGGUUGUCAUAGUAUCUAAUAGGCAUAAAAGUAUAUGCAAAGCCAUAGAGGUAGUAUUUCCCAACGUUUUACAUUGCAUGUGCCUUGUUCAUUUACUUAAGAACUUGAAGUUGAAGUAUAAGAGAAUAGUGGAUACCGUAUUUCAUGCAUGUGGAAAGACAUUUAAUAUUGUAGACUUCGAACAUGAAAUACGUUUGUUGGAAUCUUCUGUCCCUAGUAUACGUGAGGAGCUUAAAUCUAUUGAUUUUGCUAAGUGGUCUCGUGCCUACUCACCACGUAGGAGAUAUAAUGUCAUGACCACUAAUAUAUCUGAGAGUUUGAAUUCUACUAUGUUGAAGGCUCGAGAGUUACUAAUAUGUUUAAUGUUUAAGAUAUUGCGAAUGAUGUUGCAAAGAUGGUUUUUUGAACGAAGAAAUGAAGCUGAUAAUUAUCAAGUGACUGAUUUUAUCAUAACCAUUGAAGGUAUAUUAAGGGAACAAAUUUAA